UCUCAUGGCGGAUAUUUCAAGCAACUUUCCCUCCCAACAUUUCCCAUUGGCCUUGUUCUCUCCACUGAACUCUCAACAACAGCUUUUCUCUGUCUCACAAUGGCUGUGGCUAUGGCUUUUGCUAAUUCUCUUCUUCUUAACGGUAAGGCCAAAGUCGUCGAAAAUCACCCCUUUUCUUUUGGUUUGGAUACUACCCAACUCCACAUUCUAUACAAGGAAAGAAGACGGAGAUUGUCAUCUUAUAGCACCAUAAUCAUUCCCCGAGCAUCACCGGCUGCAACCAUAGAGGAUGAAAAUUACAAUGAGAGUGAUACCAUUCCAACUCCCAAAGUAAUAAUUGACCAAGACUCUGAUCCCGAUGCAACUGUCGUUGAGAUAACCUUUGGUGAUCGUCUUGGAGCUCUUAUAGAUACUAUGAAUGCACUUAAAAACCUUGGGCUAAAUGUUUUGAAGGCUAAUGUUUUUCUGGAUUCUUCUGGGAAGCACAACAAAUUUGCCAUCACCAAAGCUGAUACAGGUAGAAAAGUUGAAGAUCCAGAGCUGCUUGAGGCAAUUCGAUUGACAAUCAUAAAUAAUCUGCUUCAGUAUCACCCUGAAUCAAGUUCUCAAUUAGCAAUGGGAGUUGCCUUCGGUGUAGAGCCACCAAAACAACAGGUUGAUGUGGAUAUAGCAACUCACAUAAACAUUUAUGAUGACAAUCCUGACCGAAGCUUGCUUUAUGUGGAGACCGCUGAUCGCCCUGGAUUGUUGGUGGAUCUUGUAAAGAUUAUCACUGACAUUAAUAUUACAGUUGAAUCAGGAGAAUUUGACACUGAGGGCUUGUUGGCAAAGGCAAAGUUUCAUGUUAGCUACAAGGGAAAAGCCAUCAUCAAACCUCUUCAACAGCCUAUGCAUUCUGGGGCAGCUGCAGAAGUUUGUGGGUAAUUGUUGUUGUCCAGAUGAAAGUCUUGACUUUGUGAAAAUUGGCAGGUUCUUGCUAAUAGUUUGAGGUAUUUCCUGAGGAGGCCAACCACUGAGGAGGCAAGUUUUUGAGCCUUUCCAGGGCAUAAGCAGGUUCUGGAUCAUAUAUUGGAUGGAUUUCUGACUUAUUUCUGAGGAAAACCAUGGAAUAUUAUCACAUUCAACCGCAUAGAACGUUUACAUAUUGGUCUCCCAGACAACAGUAAUUAUUGCAGUUUACUACAAUAUCAUUUUGUAAUAUAAUUAUUAAUUAUUAUUUUUUUAAAGCAAAUUGGAUAAAUAAGUCAUUAAAUUUUUUAAAUUUAAUUUUUUUAUUA